AUGGACACAAUCAAGAACGUAGUCAAAUCCACCACCGGUUCCAACUCGCAGUUCGAGCAAGGACACCGGGUACCCAUCCAGGAUCAACAGCCACCAGGCCUCCAGUCCGAGCUUGAAGGACCCCAGCCCCAGGACGAGAAUGUUCCCACUGAGGAUGGGGGAUAUCAAAUCUACAAGGCUGCGGGGAAGCUCCGGGGCAAAAAGGCACUGAUUACUGGCGGCGACAGUGGCAUUGGUCGCGCCGUGGCCGUUCUGUUCGCCAUGGAGGGCGCCGACAGCUUCAUCGUCUAUCUUCCCCAGGAAGAAUCCGAUGCCCAGGAGACCAAGAAGAAGGUGGAGCAGUACGGAGGAAAAUGCUACCUGAUGGCUACUGAUCUCACUCUCCGGAAAAACUGCAAGGAAGCGGCUGACAGGGCCCGGGAGGCCAUGGGCGCCGUCAACAUCUUGGUGAACAAUGCAGCUUACCAAAUGAUGGUCAACGACAUUCAGGAGCUCUCAGAGGAUCAAUGGGAGCAUACCUUUAACGUCAACAUACACCCCUACUUCUACCUCUCCAAGUACCUCAUCCCACACAUGCAGAAGGGAGAUACCAUAAUCAACAACGCUUCCAUCAACGCCUACAUUGGCCGCCCCGACCUACUGGACUACACGUCAACAAAAGGUGCCGUGAUCUCAUUCACACGCGGUUUGUCAAACCAGUACGUUUCCAAGGGCAUCCGCGUCAACGCCGUGGCUCCUGGGCCUGUAUGGACGCCGUUGAUCCCGGCCACUAUGAAUCAUGAGGCGCAGGAUCAAUUCACCUCACCCAUGGGACGGCCCAGCCAACCAAGCGAAAUAGCCACGUGCUUUGUUUUCCUUGCUAGCACUGACUCCAGCUCCAUUUCUGGUCAAACACUACAUGCCAACGGUGGCGUCGUGGUCAAUGGCUAA